GCUCCCUCUCUAGGGCAAAUCGCAUUGCAAACGCGACAGGAGUCGGGUCUGUGAUUCCAGGAGGUGCCGAAGGAACGAUGGCGAACUUUGCACGGCCGGUGGCCUCGAAUAUUGGAGGCCUUGAGUUCGGCGUCUACUCCAAUGAAGAUAUCAAAGCUAUCUCUGUGAAGCGAAUUCACAAUACCCCGACGUUAGAUUCCUUCAAUAACCCUGUUCCCGGGGGUCUGUAUGACCCUGCGUUGGGGGCAUGGGGUGACCAUGUGUGUACCACUUGCCGCUUGAAUUCGUGGUCUUGCACCGGUCAUCCGGGACACAUUGAGCUGCCGGUUCAUGUCUACAAUGUCACCUUCUUCGACCAGCUCUAUCGUCUUCUCCGCGCGCAAUGUAUCUACUGCCACCGCUUGCAGCUGUCUCGGACUCAGAUCAAUGCGUACAGCUGCAAAUUGCGACUCCUGCAGUACGGUUUGGUGGAUGAGAUUGUGGUAAUUGAUGAGAUGGAUAUGAAAAAAGCUUCAAAGGAUGGGAAGAAACACACCGAUGACCAUAGCAGCGAGGAAGAGGACGAUGAUGAGGACAUCAUGCGCAAGCGGAAUGCCUUUGUUAAGCGCUCCAUUCGUCAGGCGCAGAUGGAAGGCAAAUUGAAAGGCCUUAUGGCUGGCGCGAAAAAUCCUAUCGCUGCAGAGCAGAGACGUGAAUUGAUUAAACAAUUCUUCAAGGAUAUUGGCGCCGCGAAGAAGUGUACCAGCUGUAGCGGAAUCUCUCCAGGCUAUCGAAAGGACAGAUAUUCGAAGAUAUUCAGGAAGUCUCUCGGAGAAAAGGCGAGACUGGCCAUGUUACAAGGCGGGUUCCAGGCGCCGAACUCCUUGGUUCUCCUUCAACAGGCCAAAAAGUUGAACUCCAAACAGAAAGAGUCCCUUGCAAACGGUGUCUCCGAUGGCGACAGCGUUGUCACGGAACUACAUGGCGCCGAAGAAGAAGUCGCCCGGGGCAAUGCUGUCGUUGCGCAAGUUGAGGAGAGACGAUCGGAUAAAGAGCAGGCUGUUGCUGAAGGCCAAUAUAUGCCGUCGCCUGAAAUCUACGCCGCAAUGACCCUUCUUUGUGAAAAGGAGAGUGAAAUCCUUGAACUCAUUUACAACUCUCGGCCAUCUUCCAAGAAGGCAUCCAAAGUCACUGCGGAUAUGUUCUUUGUCAAGAACAUCCUCGUGCCGCCGAACAAAUACCGCCCUGUUGCUGCUUCAGGUGCCAACGAAGUUACCGAGGCUCAGCAGAACACGCCAUUCACGCAGAUUUUGAAGAACUGCGAUAUCAUCAACCAGAUCAGCAAAGAAAGGCAGAGUGCGGGUGCCGACUCGGCUACGCGAGUGCGCGAUUAUCGGGAUUUACUCCACGCUAUUGUUCAGCUUCAGGACACCGUCAACAUUUUGAUCGAUCGCGACAGGAGCUCUCUGGCCGGAACUACAACACCAGGAGCGCCGAACGGGAUCAAGCAAAUCUUGGAAAAGAAGGAGGGUCUGUUCAGAAAGAACAUGAUGGGCAAACGAGUGAACUUUGCUGCUCGAAGUGUCAUUUCCCCUGAUCCGAAUAUCGAAACCAACGAGAUUGGUGUGCCUCUUGUGUUCGCUAAAAAGCUUACCUACCCAGAACCUGUGACCAACCAUAACUUCUGGGAGAUGAAGCAGGCGGUCAUCAAUGGUCCUGAUAAGUAUCCGGGCGCUGCUGCAAUUGAAAAUGAGGCUGGCCAGGUGAUCAAUCUGAAGUUCAAAAGCCUGGACGAGCGCACUGCUCUUGCCAACCAACUGCUCGCGCCUUCUAAUUGGCGGGUGAAGGGGUCCAGAAAUAAGAAGGUCUACCGCCAUCUCACGACCGGCGACGUCGUUUUGAUGAACCGCCAGCCUACUCUUCACAAACCUUCCAUUAUGGGUCACAAAGCUCGAGUCCUUCCCAACGAACGAACAAUCCGAAUGCAUUAUGCUAACUGUAAUACUUACAAUGCCGACUUCGACGGUGACGAGAUGAAUAUGCACUUCCCUCAGAACGAGUUGGCAAGGGCAGAGGCAAUGAUGCUUGCAGAUGCUGAUCACCAGUACCUCGUCUCAACUGCUGGUAAGCCGUUGAGAGGUUUGAUUCAAGAUCACAUCUCCAUGGGUACAUGGUUCACUUGCCGAGACAGCUUCUUCAAUAUUGAAGAUUAUCAAGAAUUAUUGUACAGCUGCUUGAGACCGGAGAACUCGCAUACAAUCUCUGAUCGUAUCCAGCUUGUUGAGCCUGCCAUGAUCCGGCCUCAGCGUCUCUGGACGGGUAAACAGAUAAUCACUACUAUCUUGAAGAAUAUUAUGCCUCCUGGACGAGCUGGACUCAAUCUCAAGAGCAAAUCUUCGACACCCGGAGACCGAUGGGGAGAAGGGAACGAAGAAGGCAACGUGAUUUUCAAGGACGGUGAGAUGUUGUGCGGUAUCCUCGAUAAGAAACAGAUCGGUCCUACUGCAGGCGGUCUGAUCGAUGCCAUUCACGAAAUUUACGGACAUACCAUUGCCGGUCGUCUUAUUGGCAUCCUUGGACGAUUACUCACGAGAUUUUUGAACAUGCGUGCAUUCACUUGCGGUAUUGAUGACCUUCGACUGACCAAGGAGGGUGACCGGAUGCGCAAGGAGAAGCUCAGCCAGGCUUCUAACAUCGGCCGUAAAGUUGCGCUGAAGUACGUCACUCUCGAUCAGACUACUGUGCCCGAUGAGGAUGCCGAGCUGCGUCGGCGGUUAGAAGAUGUCCUUCGCGACGACGACAAGCAAAGCGGGUUGGAUAGCGUCACGAACGCUCGAACUGCCGAGUUGUCAUCUGAAGUCACCGCCGCCUGCCUUCCUCGUGGCUUGGCUAAGCCUUUCCCAUGGAAUCAGAUGCAGUCGAUGACCAUCUCCGGAGCCAAGGGUUCCAGUGUCAAUGCUAAUCUGAUUUCUUGCAAUCUGGGUCAGCAAGUUUUGGAGGGUCGUCGUGUGCCUGUGAUGAUUAGCGGCAAAACGUUGCCGUCAUUCAGGGCCUUUGACACCAAUCCCAUGGCAGGCGGCUACGUUAGUGGUCGUUUCUUGACUGGUAUCAAACCACAAGAAUACUACUUCCACGCUAUGGCUGGUCGUGAAGGUCUUAUUGAUACUGCCGUUAAAACAUCUCGAUCCGGCUACUUGCAGCGCUGCUUGAUUAAGGGUAUGGAGGGCCUCAAGGCUGAAUAUGAUACCUCUGUCAGAGAGUCAUCGGACGGUUCAGUCGUGCAAUUCCUGUACGGAGAGGACGGUCUUGAUAUCACCAAGCAAGUGCAUCUUCGGGACUUCGAUUUCUUGGCUUCCAAUUAUAUUUCAAUCAUGUCUCAAGUCAACCUGACCAGCGACUUCCAUACUCUUGCAAAGGAGGAGGUAACAAACUGGCACAAGGAUGCCAUGAAGAAGGUCCGAAAGACUGGAAAGGUCGAUGCUAUGGAUCCUGUCCUAGCCCACUAUCAUCCUGGUGGCAACCUGGGAAGUACUUCCGAGUCAUUCUCUCAGGCGCUUAAGAAGUAUGAGGAUGGGAACCCAGAUAAACUCCUGAAAGAUAAGAAGAAGGACAUCGAGGGUGUUAUCAGCAAGAAGGGGUUCAACACCUUGAUGAACAUGAAGUACCUCAAGUCCGUGGUGGAUCCUGGCGAGGCUGUAGGACUGGUUGCUAGUCAAUCUAUUGGUGAACCGUCCACCCAGAUGACGCUGAAUACCUUCCAUUUGGCUGGCCACUCUGCCAAGAACGUCACCCUGGGUAUUCCUCGACUAAGAGAAAUCGUCAUGACAGCCAGUGCCAAUAUCAUGACCCCGACGAUGACCUUGAUGCUGAAUGAGGAACUGACCAACUCGGAUUCUGAGAAGUUCGCCAAGGGUAUCAGCAAACUGAGCAUCGCCGAACUCGUCGACAAUGUUCAGGUCAAGGAGCGCAUUAUUUCAGGUGGAUCGCGAGCAAAGGUUUACGACAUUGAAGUGACACUCUUCCCUCCUGAGGAGUAUACUGAAGAGUAUGCUAUUCAUGUCAAGGAUGUCCAGAACACCUUCCAAAAUAAGUUCAUUCCUAAGCUCGUGAAGCUCACCAGAACUGAGCUCAAGAAGCGAAAUGAUGAGAAAUCCUUGAAGAAUUUCUCCACGGCUCAGCCUGAGAUAGGUGUCUCUGUUGGCGUUGUUCAAGACGCUCCCAGAGGCGCUGAUACUGAGAGAGGGUCUGGCGAUGAUGACGACGAAGAUGACGAGGACGAUGCCAAGAGGGCCAGGGGCGGUCAGAACAGAUCGAACCAGGUUUCGUAUGAGGGACCUGACGAUGAUGAAGCCGACAUUAUUCGUCAACAAGACAAUGCGGAAGAAAUGUCUGAUGAUGAGGAUUCGGGCGAAGUCAAGUCUCGUGGCACACAAGACAUUGAGAUGGCUGGUGCUUCGGACGAUGUCGACUCUGAUGAAGAGACCAAAGACACCAGGCUGCGCGAGGAAGACAUCAGGAACAAGUUCCAUGAAGUGACACAAUUCAAGUUCAAUCCCAAGAAGGGCAUUUCAUGUUUGAUCCAGUUACAGUACGACAUCAACACCCCCAAGCUGCUGAUUUUGCCUUUGGUCGAGUCCGCCGCACGCAGCGCCAUCAUCCAGUCUAUCCCUGGUCUCGGGGACUGUACUUAUGUGGAAGCCGAUCCUAUCAAGAGUCAGCCUGCCCAUGUUGUCACGGACGGUGUCAACCUGCUCGCCAUGCGUGAUUACCAAGACAUCAUCAAGCCUCACUCCCUUUACACCAACUCCAUCCACGACAUGCUGAAAUACUACGGUGUUGAAGCUGCACGGGCGUCCAUCGUCAAGGAAAUGGGUGAUGUGUUCAGUGGUCACAGCAUCUCCGUCGACAACCGCCAUCUGAACCUCAUCGGCGAUGUGAUGACCCAGAGCGGCGGUUUCCGUGCCUUCAACCGCAUGGGUCUUGUCAAGGAUAGCUCGUCGCCCUUGGCCAAGAUGAGUUUCGAAACGACCGUUGGCUUCCUCAAGGAUGCAGUCCUCGAGAGAGAUUUCGAUAAUCUCAAAAACCCAAGUGCCAGGAUUGUCGUUGGUCGUGUUGGGAACACCGGAACUGGCGGGUUUGAUGUCCUUGCCCCUGUGGCCUAGCCUUGGGCAAAAUAGGGUUUCUUAAUAUGGAAGAAACUAUGUACAUUUUCCUUUCUUUUUGUUGAUUUUGAAAUUUCGUACUCCUAUUUAGUGCAAUCUCUUCAUGUGCCCUAUGAUUGAUUUGGAGUUUCAUGUCAGCGGAACCAAAAGUACUUCCUCUGUUCAAAUUAGCAAGCUCCUUUCUGCUGUUAAUGGAUAUAUAGAACUACUAAAGAUGCUAUUGAUCUGUUGAUACUGAGAUGAUUAAAAAUUUUCAUAUCCAAUUCUACCUCAAAACUCC